AUGAAAGCCUCAGAAUUAAUCGUUAAAUGUCUGGAAAACGAAAACGUUGAUUAUAUAUUUGGAAUACCGGGUGAAGAAAAUCUGGAUUUGAUGGACGCACUGUUGGAAUCCAAUAUCCAAUUUAUUCAAACACGUGAUGAGCGGGGUGCCGCCUUCAUGGCUGAUGUCUACGGUCGCCUCACUGGACGCGCCGGUGUAUGCCUUGCUACCUUAGGUCCCGGAGCUAUGAACCUUGUCACAGGGGUCGCUGAUGCGAACAUGGAUAGGGCACCUCUCGUUGCAAUCACCGGACAAGCGAGUUUAGACAGGAUGCACAAAGAAUCUCACCAAUAUAUGGAUGUCGUUUCCGUCUUCAAACAGAUGACCAAAUGGAAUACGCUCCUUCACCUCCCUGAAAUCAUCCCAGAAUCGAUAAGUAAAGCCUUUAAGACAGCGACUGGAGAAAAGCCCGGGGCUACACACAUCGAUGUUCCAGAGGAUGUCGCCAAAAUGGAAGUUAGCGCGGAACCUAUGCCGCAUGACUUUCCCAGUGAAUCGGAACCCGUUGCAUCCUGUUUGCUGCGCGCCGCGCAGCUUAUUAACGAAGCAAAGCAACCUAUUAUCCUCGCGGGGAACGGUGUUGUCCGUCAAGGUGCCUCUCGAAUUCUGACACAAUUCGCUGAGAUGACGAAUAUUCCCGUUGCACACACUUUUAUGGGCAAAGGUAGCAUUCCCUGGACCCAUCGACUCUCUCUCCUCAGUGUCGGAUUGCAGGCAAACGAUUUCGUCUCCUGUGGAUUCGACAGGGCAGACCUCGUCAUCGCAAUCGGUUACGAUAUCGUCGAAUAUCAUCCGAGUCUCUGGAACCCCGAACGGAAUAAGAAACUCAUCCAUAUUGAUACACAACCGAGCGAAAGUGAUGCCUCUUACGUUACCGAUGUCGAGAUGGUAGGCAACAUCCGGCAGAGCCUCAGACACCUGAUGGCACAGGAAAUCUAUCCUAAAGAUUCAGAGUAUGCCUCAAAUACCUUGCGGAAAAUCAUACUCGACCAACUCGACGAACAUCGCGAUGAUACAGGGUUUCCCAUGAAGCCGCAAAAAAUCUUGAGUGAUGUCCGUUCCGUCCUCGCUGAAGAUGACAUUCUCAUUUCCGAUGUCGGCGCACACAAAAUGUGGAUAGCACGUAUGUAUCCGUGCUAUCAACCUAAUACGUGCAUCAUCUCCAACGGUUUCGCCUCCAUGGGCAUCGCGCUACCGGGGGCUUUUGUUGCUAAACUUAUCUAUCCCGAACGUAAAUGUUUGGCAAUCUGUGGUGAUGGUGGCUUCCUGAUGAACUCGCAGGAACUCGAAACAGCGACGCGAAUGGGUGUGCCAUUUGUCACGCUUAUCUUCAAUGACGAGGCUUACGGACUUAUUGAAUGGAAGCAGAUGAAUAAUUUUGGUAGACCUGCACACAUCGACUUCACUAACCCCGAUUUUGUCAAAUACGCCGAAGCCUUCGGUGCCAAAGGCUAUAGAGUCGAAGGAAGUGAUGAACUUGUGCCUAUACUCGAAGACGCGUUCAGCCAGAAAGUUCCUUCAGUUAUUGAUUGUCCCGUUGAUUAUGCCGAAAACCUACGCUUAACCAACGAACUUGGGCACCUGACAUGUCCAAUUUAA